AUACGUUUUCACAAGUGACCAUUGUGUGUAACAAAGCUGCCACUGAGUGAAGAUGAAUUUGGCAACCAUGGCAACCAGUGAUAUGGACAAGUCAUCAGCCACAGAAGUCAGUGACGUCACCAGUGUCCCCGAGGCACGUGAUCUGCACGUGUAUAAGCGGCGUUGGUACAUCCUGAUGGUGUUUUCCCUGCUGAACUCCCUCCAGGCCGCCGUGUGGAUACAGUGGGGUCCAAUAGCUGCUGCUACUGAACAAGCCUACGGAUGGACGGAUGGGACAAUAGCCCUGUUCGCCAACUGGGGACCCAUUACCUACAUCCCCACGGCUCUCCUCUGGUCGUGGCUGCUGGACAGCAAAGGCCUUCGCGUGUCUUGUCUGGGAGCCGCGGGACUCGUGGCACUUGGGACAGGCCUCAGAUGUGUGUACAAGGAUCCCCCAGCCUUCACAGCGCUAGUCCACCUGUGCCAGAUACUGAACGGGUUAGCCGGACCCAUCGCAAUGGGGGCCGUUCCUAAAGUGUCGUCGGUGUGGUUCCCCGCAACGCAGAGAACGACAGCAUCAACUGUCAUGGCCGUCGUCGUAGGUCUUGGUAUCACUGCUGCUUUCUACAUCGGACCCCAAGUAGUACCUGAGAUGACGCCAGACAACUGUACCUUCACAAACAUCUCCAGGAAUGUCAGCUUCACACAGGCGUCGUUGCUUUGCGAGGAUGAAGUAAUAGAAAUUCAAAGACAAAACAUCAUGUACUACAACUACGGAACCUUCGGCGUAUGUGCCUUGCUGUUUCUGGUGAUGUUGGUUUAUUUCCCAAACACGCCGCCCAAACCGCCCAGCGUGUCGGCCGCUAUACCGCGACCCAACUACAGAGAGGGACUCAGGCUGCUUGUCAAAAAUCCAAGAUUUUGGCAGAUUGCUGUAGCCUAUGGAGUGUCAACGGGUACACGUGAUGCUUGGUCAUCUAUGCUCGAUGUCAACUUGAAAGCACAUGGAAUAUCGCAGGAAGACGCCAGCUACCUGGGAGUGUACGCCACAGCGGGGACCAUCGUCAUAUCUCUCACUCUAGCCAGGGCUGCCGAUUACAUGAAGACCCGCCACAAGUUGUUCCUGUGCGUGCAGUAUGGGUUGUCCAUUGUCUCCCGUCUGUGGCUGGUACUCCUGAUAGUUGGGAUACUGCCACCGUCAACGGUCUCCAUGUAUGUGUCCUAUGGGUUUGUGGACCUUUCGAGCGCUUGUGUUGGACCCCUUUUCUACGAGACAGCCUGUGACACAUCCUACCCUGUGGCUGAAGGGACCACGAAUCUCUGCCUGACCACGCAAAACAACAUUGCUGCUCUGAUCUUUCUUGCCGUUUUGUCAAUACCCGGUAUAGGCACUGUGUGGAUGAACUGGUUGCUCAUCGCCGCCUAUGUGUUGGCUUUCAUUCUCCUCGUCACUCUGCCCGCUGUUCACAGUAGGACCGAAGUUGAUCAGAAGACUCGCUGAGUAUUCCCACGCGAAUCACAGCUUGUCGACGAGGCAACAUCGUCUUCACAGUGUAACUAAGCACAUGAUUCAGUAGGGGCCUAAGUUUCACUUAAUUUGAUUCUGUGGUGGAUCAGGUGAUUCUCCUGAAAGUGGCAAAUAAACUUCUCGGAGUGAC